UUAAUCUUUAUUAUGGACGCUCAUCGAUGGCGCUACACAGACUGCAGCUUCAGCACUUCAUUCUUCGUUAUGCAAUACAAGGGAACUACAAAUCUCCACUUGAAAAACCCAAGGUGCGGACAAUUUUAGACGUCGGCUGCGGACCAGGGACGUGGACGAUGGAGAUGGCCAACGAGUUCCCGGAUGCAACCAUCACCGGUAUUGAUAUGUCACCGGUCUUCCCGACAACGAUCAUUCCGAGCAAUUGCUGCUUUGUCCAACACAACAUCCUCGAUCCACUCCCCUUUCCAGACAACCACUUCGACUUUGUUUACCAGCGCCUCUUGGUCGCGGGUCUGACCCCAGACGAAUGGACCCGUGUCCUUGCAGAGCUCGAGCGUGUCACCAAGCCGGGCGGAUGGAUCGAACUCGUCGAGGUGGAUGGUCAUGGUGGUAACAAUGGGCCCUACACAGCCAAGGUCUGGAGCUGGGUUGAGCAGGCACUAAUGUCUAAAGGCAUCCGUUCUUUAAUUGGUCGCGACCCGGGUUUUCCGUACUUGAUGGAGCAAGCCGGUAUGGUCAACGUUCAGCAGGAUAUCCUCAAGUUACCCACUGGGAAUCAUGGCGGCAAGAUUGGCAAUUUGCUGAAGGAGAACGAGUUGUCGUUUUGGAGUGCAAUCACACCUAUGGUGAUCCAUGGUGCCGGUAUUGAUAAAGACGAGUAUGAGGAGGCUUUGCAGAUUGCAGAAACGGAAGUUGACAAAUACGAGAGCUAUCACAUUUUUUAUGUGGCCACAGCCCAAAAGCGCGACCCUCAAUCAAGCACUGAGAAGCCUUGAAGAGCAAAUAUUGAGAAACGUCGAAGGAAUACUUGGAGUUCAUUUAUAUAUUUAAAUACAUAGCAAGCGAAAUGAUCAUUAACCUCACAAACAAUGAAGAAAAACUCUUUAUUCGCGGAAAAUGGACGCCUUUCAUCGAGAGUGACGGAGUGAGGCUGUGCGCUCCUGUCUUUCAAAGAAUCUCUGCGGCACCGUUGUCUUGCACUUAGCAUCCAAGUCAUCCACAAUAAAUUGGCCCAAAUACUCGAUAAACGUGUCAAGCGAACACCAUUCGAAAUCGCACCAGUUGGACGUGGUCUUCACCACUCGGCCAUUAUAUAAAACGCGCACGAAGUACUCCUUUGAAGGUGGGGACCAAACCUCGAAGAGGAGAUUAGAAGCCUA